GUUUAUGCGUUGCCAUGACGUCACUACGCCGCCAUUUUGAAGUGGCGGAUGUUGACACUGGGCAUGUUUAGCUGAACGUAACCGAAGAUUUUCAUGGUUUCUGACUGUUGCUUAGACGUUUGCAAUGGGGAAUGGUGCCAGCUCGGACGUUAGAGAAAUACAUAUUGAACAGAGCGUUCUGAAAGAUAUGGAUUUCGACAAUAACAACCGUAAAAGCGGAAGCUUACCCAGCAGACUGGUGGCCAGACUGGGGUCAGCUGGUCAGGCCAGGCUGCGGCAUCUGGAGGAUGACCUGGCCACGGAGCGGGAGACGCUCGCCAUGAUGGAGGCACGGGCGCUGGAGGCCGAGGAGAGAGUCAAAACUCUGCAGACACAGAUGGCAGAGGUUGAAGGUGCCAACAUGGAGCUGCUGGACAAAGUUGCCAGUCUGGAACAGCAAGUGGAGAUGACAGCAGCUGAACAGGACAGCAAACCAGAGCAGGACUUCUCCAAGACUCUCCGUGCCAAGGACCUGUAUAUACAGAAGUUGGAGAAGGAAACCAGUGCUGUUACACAGGAAAUUUCAAAGAUGAGAGAGAAGUACAAGAAGAAGAUGAAGAGUGUGAUGACCCAGCUGGCUGAAGCCAAACAAGAGUCGGCUUUGACAGUGUACAGUCUGAAGGACGAGGUGACAAAACUGGGGGAUGAAAACUCCAAACUUAUAGCUCAGCUGGAUAAGUGCAAUUUCCUGAAAGAUUACAACAGCCCGGACACACCAACGGAAGGGAGCACCUCUGAGUACGACGGUGGCCGCACCAAUCUCAUCCUGGAGCUGUCAGCUCAAGUGUCCGCCCAGGCUGACAAGAUCAGCGAACUGGAGGCCAAACUAGCUGAGAAGGACAGGGUCAUCAGGGAGCUCCAGAAACUCAACAGUUCAAAGGGCAGAGUUCACAGUGCAGAGGCCAGCAAGAGGAAAGAAGGGUCAGUAACCAUCUCAGUAGAGGCAGACAAGGCUGAGAAGUGUACAAGAAAACAUGAAAAAACAGCAUGCUCAAACAACAAAACUUUUAACUUGCCAAAAGAACAUUCGUUUGAUAGUUUAGUUGAGGACAGUUCAGAGACUGCCACACAUGCGCCAAGUGCAAGGUUUAGUUCUGCAACAAGUAGAGAUUCUGGCAUUGCAGACUUUCACAGAGGGCCAAGCAUAGAGGAGGAAGAGAAAGACAGAAGGCCGAAGAAAGGAUCUCAUCAAUCAACACAUCGUAAGAAGUCUCACAGUAGGUCCAACUCCCAAGCCAGUCUAAGAGAGUCAGAUAAGGAGUCUAGCAUCAACUCCACACAACAAAAAGUCAGUUCAGCAAGAAGGAAACACAGAAGUAGGAAGGAAAUCCUGAGCACCAAAGAGUUGUGUGUGACUCCAGUGGUUCCUGACCCAAGUCUUGGCCCAGUCGCAGUGUCUCAGGCACACUGACUGCCUUCAUUCUUACAUUGGAUCAACACAAACAAAUGUUACCCAAUUAAGGUUUAUUUCUUGCUGUAUAGAUUGUAAUAAUUGAUUUAUGGUACAUAUGUAUGAUGUGAUUUGGUGCUAUUGUAUGCUUGUCUUCAAAAUUGUGAGUUACAAAUUUGACAGAAAAAUGUUUUUGAGAAAGAUGUAAUAGUUCGUGUCAGUUGUUGACAAAUUUUACAGUUUGACUUAUCAAGUGCACAUUGUUGCUUGAACCUACUUGAUUAUAUGAAUUGCAUUGAGUGUGAAUGUCAGAUAUUAAACAUGACAGUGAAA